AUGUCGGAACAGCAGAUGGUCUCUGGAUGCGCGAGGUCCAAAUCUUCAAUUCCCGCGCCGCCUCAAGGCGAGCACACCUUCACCGGCACGGAUAUCAAUACGUCCUUCUUCCCAACUACCACCACAAAGAACAUUACAUAUGUGAAGCAAGACAUCAAAGACCCAACGCCACAAGCCUGGCAUAAUGCCUUCGACCUCGUCAACCUCCGCAUGAUCCUCAUCGCUGCCGGCUCCGGCGCCGCACAGCGCGCUGUGGUCAACGAGUACAUUAAGCUCGUCAAGCCUGGUGGUUGGAUCCAGAUUGGGGAUUGCGAUCGCGUCUGCCCGACUCCAGAGGCGGAGAACCCGCGCUAUCACGACAUGUUCGCGUGCAUCCGGGCCGUUUGCCAAUCAUCAGGCCUGGACCCUCUAGAGGCGCCCAAGAUCAAGUCAUGGUUGGCGGAAGCGGGACUCGAGGAGGUACAAGAGCGGACGGCGAUGCGCGCGGUUGGGAAGCGGAAUGUGAACGAGGAGCUGGGGAAAUUGGGAAUUGAGGCGGAUUUGCUUAUCGCGAAAGGGUUUGCCAUGGGUGCGAAGGGGUUGGAUCCAUCUUUCAAGCCCUUACCGGAUGAACGACUGGAUUCGCUAGUGCAUAGUCUGGAGACCGAGUUGACCGACACAGGAGCGUAUUUUCCGAUGCGCUUCAUCUGGGGCAGGAGACCACUCUAG